CUUUCCGGUUCCGUCGGCUUCUCCUGGCGACGGCGUGCGGGCCACACGCCCGGCCCCGCCCGCCUCUUGCUCCGCCUUCUCCGUGUCCCCGGCUGGUCGCUCGGUGUGGUCGAGGCCUCCUUUUCUUACCGCUGCCAAGUUACCUUUCAGAUCCACUGACGCCUGGCGGGGAAUGGGGGCCUGGGACCCCCGAUCUCCUUGUCCCAGUGCCUCCUGUGCCCUUAGGAAAACCGGGCACUUUGCUGCCGCUGGUUCUCCGUGCGGUUUGGCGAGGAUCUAACCUUUGCUAUGCCCGAAACCGCGCUGACCUUCGUAAGAUCCACCCCGUUCGUGUCCUGGCCUGCAGUUUCUUAUCGUGCCUUCCUCCUGCUAGGUCAGGACGUUCUUUCUCCAAGUCCGUGUCCAUUUAGGAUACACCCGCUCUGUCCCCGAGCUUCCUGUUUGCUCUCUUCUGGUUGCUGUCGGGGUAAAAGCCUCUGCGUUGGACUGGCAAGGCAGGGUUUUAAACUGGGCUUUGACACUUAUUGUUCAGUUUGUCUAACGUCAGUGGAGGAUAACAAUCAUGUCGGCCUCACAGGAUUAUUUGAAGAACAAAUGAGAGCAUACAGCUCAGAAGAUAAAAUAACAGUCCACUUUAUAAACCGUGAUGGUGAAACAUUAACAAGCAAAGGAAAAGUUGGUGACACUCUACUAGAUGUUGUGGUUGAAAAUAAUCUAGAUAUUGAUGGUUUUGGUGCAUGUGAGGGAACCUUGGCUUGCUCCACCUGUCACCUCAUCUUUGAACAGCACAUAUUUGAGAAAUUAGAAGCAAUCAGUGAUGAGGAGAACGACAUGCUUGAUCUGGCAUAUGGACUAACAGAUAGAUCACGGUUGGGCUGCCAAAUCUGUUUGACAAAGGCUAUGGACAAUAUGACUGUUCGAGUACCUGAUGCUGUGUCUGAUGCCAGAGAGUCCAUUGAUACGGGCAUGAACUCCUCUAAGCUAGAAUUAAUAGGAAUAUUUUCACAACAUUUUACCUAUUUUUAUAAUAAUUUCUUAAUGUAAUUAAAUGAGAACAUGGAUGAAUGCAUUUAUUAUUUGACUAAAUUUAUUACUUUAAUUCACCUUGUGUAACUGCUGAAUUUUGUAGUUCUGAAAGAAUGUCAUCUUUAUUUUGAUUAAAUUAUAAAAACAAAUCAAAUAUUGGAAAGUAGUUAAUAUGAUAAAACCUUAUAUAUUUUACCUGCGUUUGAUUAGCAGCAUUAGCAAAAUAUUUUCACAUAAAUCUUAUGCCUACUUACCUAUGAAAUAGGUUAAAAAAAGGUAUCAUUAUCUGUGGUCGAUGUGGUGGAGGCAGAGAUGUAAAAUGGCUUGUCUAGGGCCAUACAACAAAUUAGAAGGUCAGUACUAGAACUGUAUCUUGUUAUUACAAAUUAUGUGUUGAGAUCGAAAGUGGAGAAAUUAGGAAUAUCAUAGUUAUAACUGUAGUUAAAUGUGAAUGUGUAUGGAUGUGUAUUUAAUUGCUCAGUAAGCUGAUUAAUUUCAAAGAUAGUUAUGACCUUAUAAGUUAAUAUUUCAAAAUUUUGAUUCAGUGAAAAGUGUACAUCUGAGCACAGGUAAUGGAGUGCUGUCAAAGAUGUUUGGUGUCAGUUCUGACUGAACUGGAGGAAUAAACUAAAAAUUACAUGUCUUUAUUUUUUUAUCCUAA